AUGGCGCCGUAUCCCCACUCCCCCCUUUCCCCUCUCCAGCGCACACAACACAAUACACACACGCACCACCUCACCCAAGCGAAAGAGGAUAGCUCGAGGAAGGAGUCGCCACCUUGUUUCCAGCUCCGUCACCCGCAGCCCGCUAGAGAGAGAGAGAGAGAGUGCGACGAUGAGAGAGGAGGAGCCGUCACCAAACACGUCGCCGCCGCUGGAGGAGCUUCGCGCUUCGCAGUCGCCGAGGAGGGGAAAGAGGAGCUGCUCCCGUCGCGCCAGUCACCGUCGUGCUUCCUGGUUGCCGAUGAGGGAGUCGCAAGAACAGUUGCCAUCGCAGAGGAGGGCGACGCGCAAGAGGGAGCCGUCAUGGUGGUCGCCAUCGUCGCUGUUGAGAAAUCAAAGUUUUACCGAUUUGACAAGGAAGGGAACCGGUGGAAGGAGAGAACCGCAGGUACCGUCAAGUUCCCAAAGAACAAGGUUGCUAGCAAGAACAAAAUCAUUGCCGAGCGUGGGUCUUUAGCUAACUUCUCUCAAGAGCUUCAAAAGCUUGAAGAGUAUUGCAUGAACCAGAAAUCCAUUGAUUCAAUGGUAUAUUUCCUGAACAAGUUUUGUACCUUAAGCAAGAGCUUACAGAUGGUCCAGCAGCUUCGGCUCUUUAGGGUUUUAAUGAAUGAAGGCAUCUUUGAUGUCAUCAUCCAGGUUUUGCAAAGUCAAGAUAAGAAGUUGGUGCUAAUUGGAACAGAUAUCCUGAUUCUCUUCUUGAAUCAAGAUCCUAUUCUUUUGCAAUCCUAUGUUGUUCGGCAAGAAGGAAUAACACUUCUUGGAUUUCUGGUUAAGGGAAUGAUAACAGAGUUUGGGGACAACAUGCAUUGCCAGUUUCUUGAGAUCCUUCACAGUCUAUUAGACAUGAAUGUUUUUGGAUGAACUUUCAUUUUACUUAUAAAUAAAUAGUGAUGUGAACUUUUUUAUUUGAUUACAAGUUUUAUAGAUAUGGAAACAUAGUGAUUUGAGUUAACACAUGAUUGAUCUUUAGCCUUCAGCCACAAAUAAUUAAAGUGUAUUGGUACAAGAAAGUUACUUAUAUUUGUAGUAGUUUGAGGUUUUACAUUCUUCUUGAGUGUAUCAGAAACCUUGUGUUGGAUUAGCAAUUUGUUUAUUUAUUCAUUAUCCUGACAUGACAUGAUUAUUCUUGAUUUUUAAGUUUAAAAUGGAGGGGUUGAGAGAGACGCUCCAUGCAUUCCUUAUAGUACAGGUGUAUUCAGUUUUAGAUUGUAAUUCUUCUACUAAAAUAAAAUUUUGAUCUUCUUAGUUGGUAGUGUAGUUUAUCUAGGGUUGAUGUUGCUAUCAUAUACCAAAAAAAUCACUGUCUGGAACUCAUGCAGUUGAAUUUAUUCUUGCUAGUUCGGAUUCUGAAUUGUGCAUCUUCUAAUUAUUAAAGGAAAUGUCAGUUAGUAGUCUUAUUUUGCAUUUCAAGUCGACUUGUUUAAAAGACGAGUUUGGAUGUUGAGUAGUAAUUUAUUACACAUCCUCUGAAUUGUUGAAAAAAACUUCUCUUUCACAUAAGAUGGAAGUCCAUCCUUUUCUAGGUUAAUAAGAUAUGUAUUCGUGGACUUAUUUUAUUGAUUGUUUCAGUUUUAUCUGGCAGAGGGACACAGUUAUUGAUAUUUUCUUUAGUAGCAUUUUGGUCAACUGGUUGAAGUUGUUGCAUCCAGAAUGAUAGCAGUGACAGCAUCAAUAUUGAGGGCGAGAAACGAGACGACACGGUGACGCAGAAAGCGGCGCGGCGACGAGAUGGAGGCCGAUGAGAGUUAGCAACAGAGAAGGUUAAGGCUUUGAGCUCGCGCUGGCCAUAAUCAUAUAACUUUGAAGAUGGAGAGGAAACCGUCUGCAAGGUUAGAGAAGAGAAGCAAAAGGGGGAUGUAGAUAGGGUCUUCAAUUUUGGUCAUUUGAUUAUUUCUAUGCUUUUAUGGUCAGGUUGAGAAGCUUAUUAAGAAAUCAAAGUUUUGAACUCAAGAUUUAUUUUGUAUUUGAGUAUUAAUGUGUAAAACAAUUAUAGCAAAAAUUAUGUCACUAAUUACUGUUUGAUUUGUCUUGCAAUAAAAA